UCAUCGACGAAGACGAAAAGCCAAUUCCUUCAUAAACUUUUUUUUUCUUUUUCUCUUCUUACAUAAACAAACAAAAAAAACUCUCUCCUUCCCCGAUUCUUCCGUUCAAAAAACAUAAAAAGUUCCAAUCUUUCUCCAAACCCAAACCCUAAUUCUCUCCCCCUCUGAUCUGGGUUAUGAUCUGAAAUCGGAUCUAGGUUUUUCAAAGAAUUUAAGAUUAUGAGGAAGAGAGAGAGAGAGAACCCUUGUUCGAUUUGUGGGCAUUACCAUAAGUACGAGGAAGGUGAAGUUUGUGGGAUAUGUGGUCACUGUAUGCCUGUUUCUUCCGAUACGGCGGCGUCUCCUCCACAAGUCGUCCACGUCAGUGCUUUUCCCUCGGAGAUCCUCCCUGAGUUUCUUUACCUCGGGAGUUACGACAACGCUUCUCGCUCUGAGCUUCUCAAGACUCAGGGGAUCUCUCGUGUUCUUAAUACGGUUCCUAUGUGCCAGAAUCUAUACAGGAACUCAUUCACUUAUCAUGGUCUUGAUAAUGAAAAAGUUUUACAGUUUGAUGAUGCUAUCAAGUUUUUAGAUCAAUGUGAGAAGGACAAGGCACGUGUUCUUGUUCACUGUAUGUCUGGGAAAAGUAGAUCACCAGCGGUUGUUAUAGGGUACUUGAUGAAACGUAAAGGGUGGAGACUUGCUGAGAGUCACCAGUGGGUUAAACAAAGGAGACCUACCACUGACAUAAGUCCAGAGUUCUACCAACAACUGCAGGAGUUUGAGCAGGCGAUAUUUGGAUCUGGGAUGAUGUCGGCAAUGAAUAUCAAUGAUGCGCCAACGUUUGGGUAUGGUUUCCCUAAAAUUGAUAACCAAGCACAAGGCCCUGUGUUCAACAGUGGUACUACUUCUUCUAUAUUUUCAUCUCCUGCUUCAAGUAUCCCUCCUCAAGAGUUCACUUUUGGAGCAACUCCACCAAAGCCAACAACAGGUGGUGAUAUUACCAUGGAUGGCUCUUAGAACCAAAUCAUCAUACUCUGCAAAAAUAUUCACCAACAAACAUACUGUUGUGAGAAUGUUUCUUUUUCUCUUUUUUUUUUUCCUGUACAUGGAGAUUGGUGCAUUGCUUGAGAGAUACAUGAGAUGAAUCUUUAUGGUUUCGGUGUUUUGCAUCUAUCUCUAUGUUUAAGGAAACAUCUUUGUCUCCUUUAA